AUGUCAACUCAGAAUUAUCCAGUAAUAGAAAGAGGACCUAGUUUGCGUGACAUGCAGGUGUCUGCAAUCUUAAAAAUGCUAUUUUUAAAUAAAGAUACAGAAAAUGGCAAUUUAGAAGACGCCUUCAGUGAUCAAGACAUUUUAUGGAAAGUGUUAGUCCUUGAUAAGAAGAGUACUGAGAUCAUAUCUUCUAUCUUAAGAGUCAAUGAUUUAUUGAAAGCUGGAAUUACAGUUCAUACUCUAAUUAAACAGGAUAGAGCACCAUUACCUGAUGUUUCUGCAGUCUAUUUUAUUACACCAACAGAAGAAAAUAUUGAUCUCAUUGUUAAAGAUAUAAAAGAAGAAAAAUAUUCAGAAUAUUAUAUUAAUUUUACUUCUACUUUAAAUAGAGAUUUAUUAGAGAAAUUAGCUCAGGAAAUAGCAUUAAUUGGUCAGGCAGACAAGAUUAAACAAGUGUUUGAUCAAUAUUUAGAUUUUGUUGUUACCGAACCAGAAUUAUUCUCUUUACAGAUUGAUAACACAUAUUCUCAGUUCAAUAACAGAAAUGCAACUGAAGAAUUAAUUAACACUUUAUGCGAUAAAAUUGCUGAUGGUUUAUUCAAUACAGUAAUGACUACUAAUUCUAUCCCUAUUAUUAGAGCCCCUAUAGGUGGUCCUGCUGAAAUGGUAGCAGAAAAAUUGGGUAACAAAAUACGUGAUUAUGUGAUCAACACCAAAUCCUCUGGUACUUCAGUAUUACCAAAUAAUGACAAUUUAGAAAGAGGUGUCUUAAUUAUAUUGGAUAGAACAAUAGAUUUUGCAUCUAUGUUUGCUCAUUCAUGGAUUUAUCAAUGUAUGGUAUUUGACAUUUUUAAAUUAUCCAGAAACACAAUUACUAUCCCUGUUAAACAAAUUAACAAGAAUGACAGCACUAGAACAAAUCAAGAUGACAAUUCUGAUAAUAAUAUUAACAACUAUGCCAAUCAAUAUAUCGAGAAGCAAUAUGACAUUGAACCGACUGAUUUCUUUUGGAUUGAAAAUUCUCAUUUGCCGUUUCCUGAAGCAGCAGAAAAUGUCGAAGCAGCAUUAGCACAAUAUAAGGAGGAAGCAGCUGCUAUUACAAGAAAGGCUGGUGUCACGGAUAUUACAGAUUUAAAUCCUGCUUCCAAUAGUGAUACACUUCAAAUACAAGAGGUAGUUAAUAAAUUACCCGAAUUAACUGCAAGGAAGAAUACCAUUGAUACACAUGUUAAUAUUUUUGGUUCACUAUUAAACGAAUUAGAAAGUAAAAGUCUUGAUACCUUUUUUGAAAUUGAACAAGACCCCAAUAACGCAAAACUUAGAACUAAUUUCAUGAAUAUUUUAAACGAUAACAAAAUUAAUAAUUUGAAUGAUAAAAUGAGAACUUUCAUCUAUUUGUUUUUAACUUCAUCAAAGGGUUUACCAAAGGAAUUCGUAGAUGAGGUCGAAAAAUAUUUCAAAUCACAUAAUUAUGAUAUUAGUCCACUAAAAUAUGUUUAUAAAUUAAGAGAAUACAUGCAAAUUUCUUCUCUAAACUUACAAAAUAGAUCAUUAGAUGAUGGGCAAGUGGCAAACAAUAAUAGUAAUAAUGCUGGUUAUAGUCUUUCGAAAUUAUAUGGAUUGACUGAGGGAAAAUUACCAAAGAGUGUAGGUAAUUUAAUCUCUGGUAUUAAAAAUCUAUUACCAGAAAAGAAAACAAUCCCCAUCACUAAUGUAGUAGAAGCCAUCAUGGAUCCACUGAACAGUUCACAAAAAAAUCUAGAAACAACAGACAGUUAUUUAUAUAUUGAUCCAAGAAUCACAAGGGGAUCUCAUACAAAAAAACCAAAAAGACAAUCUUACAACAAAUCCAUGGUCUUUGUCGUAGGAGGUGGUAAUUAUUUGGAGUAUCAAAACUUACAAGAAUGGGCACAUUCUCAAAUUCAUAAUCCGAAGAAAGUUAUUUAUGGUAGUACUGCUAUUACACCUCCAGAUGACUUCUUAAAAGAAAUCUCUAUUCUUGGGGCUGAUGAUUGA